AUGAGAGAUUCUGAUGGUUAUGAAGGUGCUAUUUAUCUCCUUGAGAAUGGAGCAGAUGUCAAUCUCGCAGUCAGUGGCGACUAUGGUAGCUCUCUUGUGAUGGCAGCAUCCACAGGCAACACUGGUAUGGUCCACCUUGUCCUUGAAAAGGGGGCAGAUGUCAACAUGAUAGUCAGUAGGAAGUAUGGAAGCUCACUCGUGGCGGCAGCGUCGAGUGGUAAUGUGUAUACUGUUCAGAGUCUCCUCGAAAAGGGGGCAGAUGUACACAAGCUCGUCAGUGGUGAGUAUGGCAGUGCUCUGGCAGCAGCAGCAUCUGCCAACUCAAUCGAGAUUGUCAAGUUGUUGCUUCAAGAAGGAGCAGAUUUGAACACACCACUCGUGAAUGCUCAGUAG